CAGCCGUCAGGGGCAAUUUGUGGUUCAGGGUUUUGCCCAAACACACUUCGGCAAGCAGAAUGACUGGAAUCAAACCACCGACCCUCUGGAGAAGUCUCCUCUGAUGACAUAGAAGAUAAGUCUCCUAUGUCAUCAAAGGAGCAUUCUCCAUUUAGGGGAGCUGGAUUCCAAGACACAACUCCAGCUUGAUCCUGUAGAACAUAGUCUAAGUCCUCAGCAUCAGAGAUUUCACACUCAGAAUCAAGACCAGGAAUUGCCUCCUCGGCUGAACAAGAAGUGACUCGGAAACAAUGUCUGAUGGUGAAUCUGAUGAGUUUGAGGAUAAAUCCAGUAAACUCGGGGAAUACGAAGGGCAGAGAAAUGAUGCAGGGGAGAGACAUGGAGUCGGUAAAGCUAUCCUGCCCAACGGGGACAAUUAUCAGGGACACUAUGAGUUUGGCAAAAGAUGCGGAGAGGGGACAUACCGCUUCAACAAAGGGGCGAGAUAUGUGGGAGACUAUGAAAAGAACCUAAGACAUGGAGAGGGCACCUUUUACUAUCCAGAUGGCUCUAAAUAUGAAGGGUCUUGGGUAGAGAGCAUGAGACAAGGUCAUGGUAUCUACACUUACGCCAACGGAGACACGUAUGAUGGAGAGUGGCUGAGUGAUAUGAGGCACGGUCAGGGCAUUUACCACUACAAAGAAACUGGCUCAAAGUACAGAGGCUCAUGGGUGAAUGGCAAAAUGGAAUCAGCGGGAGAGUACCUCCACUCCAACCACAGAUACGAGGGAAACUUUGCCAACAAUAAUCCCUACGGCCCGGGGAAGUAUGUGUUCGACAUUGGGUGUGAGCAGCACGGUGAAUUCCACCAAACAGAACAGGAUCAAUCUGAGGGUGAAUGGGGCGAGUUGGUGCCCCCCAGCAUCCUCAAGUGGGUUGCCACGGGCAUCACCAAAGAGACAGCUGGGGACAGAGACACAGCUUGGCAAGAAGGGGGAGAAGAGAUCUGAUCUGCGUGAUCAACAGAGUAUCCUGCAUGUUUCAGCCUUUGUUGGAGUAAAACAUAAAUAAACUAAUCAAUACGUAAGCACAA